AUGUGGGUCUGUUUCUUUUGUCGGGUCAAUAGGAGACUUCACUCGUCUUUUACCACGCUACUUGACGGAAAACGUCCUGCCAGAAAGGUGGCGGGUUUCCUUCUUUUGCCUGUUUGCAGACACGACAGUGAUUGUCACUGUACUGACAACUUUCAGGCAAAAUGCACAAAUUCAACAAAUCGACACAUUUGUGGCACAUGCCAUCCAGUUAAAUGCUUGCACGAUAGUGACUGUCACUGUAAUGUUGACAACUUUCAAGCCCGAUGUUAUAAAGAUGAACAUGAAUCCUAUUGUACCCCUUGCUUACAAGUUUCACCUGCUCCAUCGACCACAGCAGCAGUAAUCAUAUCGACCCCUGUACCCACUCCGGAACAACCACAAUCGGAUUGCUCUGAGUUCGACCCAACAUUACAUCGAUGGCAUGACAGCUCGGCCUGCUUCUUGCCUCACAUGCUUGAAGUACUCUUUUCGGAUCCAAAGCAGGCGAGGUAUUGCGCUGUUCAAUGUGGAUGUUGCUAGGCCUCGCUAAUAAGCUAUGGGAACCAUCGCAAAGCCCUACAGAUGAGAAACUUAUCUUACCAUUAUUUGUUAAAUACAAAUAGCAAUUGAAUGUAUUCGCAACUAAAUAAAUGAAAAAUCUUA